GGGCUAUAGUAUCUGAAAGGCUAAAUUAUUCUCUUGAAGAGACAUUCUAAAUGAGCCUGACCCAGAUCCUGGAUCUGUGUGAAGAGGACUAAGGAUAUAGGAUGUCAACUGAGGCAGAACUUCAAGUGGCUGUUAAAACCAGCACAAAGAAAGACUCCAAAAAGAAAGGUCAGGAUCGUAGUGAAGCCACUUUAAUAAAGAGGUUUAAAGGUGAUGGUGUCCGAUACAAAGCAAAACUGAUUGGGAUAGAUGAGGUUUCUGCUGCACGAGGAGACAAGUUAUGCCAAGACUCCAUGAUGAAGCUCAAGGGAAUUGUUGCUACAGCUCGAUCAAAAGGGGAACAUAAACAAAAAAUCUUCCUAACAGUCUCCUUUGGGGGGAUCAAGAUCUUCGAUGAGAAGACAGGGCUCCUACAGCACCACCAUGCAGUUCAUGAGAUUUCAUACAUCGCCAAGGAUAUCACAGACCAUCGAGCCUUUGGAUAUGUGUGUGGAAAGGAGGGAAAUCAUAGAUUUGUGGCAAUAAAAACAGCCCAGGCAGCUGAACCUGUAAUUCUGGACUUGCGAGACCUGUUUCAGCUCAUCUAUGAACUGAAACAAAGGGAAGAAAUGGAAAAAAAGGCACAAAAGGACAAACAGUGUGAACAAGCAGUAUACCAGACAAUUUUGGAAGAAGAUGUAGAAGAUCCUGUAUACCAGUACAUUGUGUUUGAGGCUGGACACGAGCCAAUCCGUGAGCCUGAAAUGGAAGAAAACAUUUAUCAGGUUCCUACCAGCCAAAAGAAAGAAGGUGUUUAUGAUGUGCCAAAAAGUCAACCUGUAAGUCUGCAGAAUGGAAACUUAUUGCUGGACAUUGAUGAAAAUCUUGUUUCAGUCACUCAGGCUGUUACCCAACUAGAGCUUUUUGGGGACAUGUCUACUCCUCCUGAUGUAACCUCUCCCCCAACUCCUGCUACUCCAGGUGAUGCCUUUAUCCCAUCUUCAUCCCAGUCACUUCCUGCUAGUACAGACAUGUUUGGCUCUGUACCUUUCAGCACUGCUGCCGUACCCUCAGGUUAUGUUGCCAUGGGAGCUGUUCUGCCCUCGUUCUGGGGACAGCAACCACUUGUUCAACAGCAGUUGGCCAUGGGUGCUCAACCUCCAGUUGCUCAGGUGAUGCAGGGGGGACAGCCAAUAGCCUGGGGACAACCUGGUAUUUUUCCUCCUCCUCCUCAGCAGCCGUGGCCAUCCGUAGCUGGUCAGUUCCAACCAACUGCCUUCAUGCCAACACAAACUGUUUUGCCUUUACAAGCAGCCAUGUUUCAAGGUACCAUUGCUCCUAUAGCUACUGUUCCACCCACGAGUGAUUCCAACAGAUCAAGUCCACAGACAGACAGGCCCAGACAGAAAAUGGGAAAAGAAAUGUUUAAAGAUUUCCAGAUGGCUCAGCCUCCACCAGUGCCAUCAAGAAAACCAGAUCAGCCUUCCCUCAGUUGUACCUCAGAGGCCUUCUCAAGUUACUUUAACAAAGUUGGGAUGGCACAGGAAGCAGAUGAUUGUGAUGACUUUGACAUCUCUCAGUUAAAUUUGACUCCUGUGACUUCCACAACACCCUCUACAAAUUCACCUCCAACCCCUGCACCCAGACAGAGUUCUCCAUCAAAAUCAUCAGCAUCUCAUACCAGUGAUCCUGCUGCAGAUGACCUCUUUGAAGAGGGGUUUGAAAGCCCAAGCAAAAGUGAGGAGCAAGAGGCUCCUGAUGGGUCUCAGGCCUCAUCCAACAGUGAUCCAUUUGGUGAGCCAACUGGUGAUACUAUAAGUCCACAGGAAGCAGAACCUCUCUACGCCCAGAUCAACAGACCUAAGAAAUAGCAUUGUUACAGGCUUGUGGUGCUCCAAGACUCAAAUGAAACCCAACAACCUGGCAGGCCUUUGGCUUUCAUGCUUUUUUCUGAUUGAUUUUGACUGACCUGGAGAGAUGAUUGCCCUCCUGGACUGGCUCCACGAGUGUUCCUGAUGGGGUUUUCUUGGCAACCAAUGGCAGAUUCCUAUGGCAGCACAAAAUCCCAAUUCUCCCUGUUGAUCAUACCACAAGUCCAGCCCCGUCCCCGCAAGCCAUGGGGAUCCAGAGUAGGAAAUCUUACUCCUCGGUCUUCUUUCAAACAUCUGUUAUCUUCUGUAUGCCACAUAUAAAUAACAAGCAUCUGAAAUUUACUCAGUAAUAGACAUUCUUUUUCUUUUGAGCAAAAAGCUUGGUCUGUAUGUAGCAGUGGCAUCAUCAUUCAAGAGCUUUUUGGGGCACAAGUCGGCACUUUUUAUGUCAUGGCGACAUCUUUUUCAUCAUCAUUUCCAUCAGGCUG